CAGAUAUUUGGGUCUUCUCACCCAAAAGCAAAGUUUGAAAGGAUAUUUAUCAAACUUGUUUGUGAAGAGAUAAAGAGUGAGCAUGGGAUUCGAAGAAGCAAAUAUGCAGGGACUUAAGAAGGCAGGUAGCCCUGGAAAAGCCGCAAUUAUGGCUAUCGGAAAGGCCUUCCCCCACCAACUUGUAAUGCAAGAACUUCUGGUUGAUGGGUAUUUCAAGAACACCAACUGUGAUGAUCCAGCACUGAAGCAGAAGCUCACUCGACUGUGCAAGACGACGACAGUGAAAACUAGAUAUGUGGUCAUGUCAGAAGAGAUCCUAACGAAGUAUCCCGAGCUUGCCAUCGAAGGUCUGCCAACAGUGAAGCAGCGUUUGGACAUCUGCAACUCAGCAGUCACCCAAAUGGCACUAGAAGCCUCACGGAUUUGUAUCCAGAAAUGGGGUAGGCCCACGUCAGAGAUUACCCACCUGGUAUAUGUUUCCUCAAGUGAAGCCCGGCUGCCUGGUGGCGACCUUUACCUGGCAAAAGGCCUCGGGUUGACCCCGGACACGCAACGGGUAAUGCUCUACUUCUGCGGAUGCUCUGGUGGGGUCGCUGGCCUUCGAGUCGCUAAGGAUAUCGCAGAGAACAAUCCGGGUAGCAGAGUCCUACUUGCCACAUCAGAAACAACCAUAAUAGGGUUCAAACCCCCAAGUGCUGACCGCCCUUAUGACCUGGUUGGUGUGGCUCUCUUUGGUGAUGGAGCAGGGGCCAUGGUGAUAGGUUCGGACCCGGUUCGAGAAACUGAAAGGCCUCUCUUUGAGCUUCACACGGCUAUACAACAUUUUGUGCCCAACACAGAGAAGAUCAUUGAUGGGCGGCUUACUGAAGAAGGUAUAAGCUUUAAGCUGGAAAGAGAGCUUCCCCAGAUAAUAGAAGAUAACAUUGAGGAAUUCUGUGAGAAGUUGAUGAGGGUUGCCAAGUUCAAUCAGGAUGACUAUAACAAGCUGUUUUGGGCAGUCCAUCCUGGUGGACCCGCAAUUCUAAACAGGCUCGAGAAGAAGUUUGAACUUCUGCCAGAGAAGCUAAGUGCUAGCAGGCGAGCCUUGGCUGAUUAUGGAAAUGCUAGCAGCAAUACUAUUGUGUAUGUUCUAGAGUACAUGUUGGAGGAAAAAAACGAGAAAACUCUGAAAACAGAACCAGUAGGAGAAAAAGAAGAUUGUGAUUGGGGGUUGAUUUUGGCUUUUGGUCCAGGAAUCACUUUAGAGGGCAUCCUUACUAGGAAACUCGCUUCUUGAAAGAAGAAAGUUAAGAUAGAGAGACUUCAAUACUUCAGUUUAUUUACCUACCAAUCUGUAUUCAUGUUUCUUUUGUAACUGCUCAUUGCAGAAUGUUGAAGAGAUUAUAUCAUAUGAACAAUAACACAAUUACUUGUAUACAA